AAAAAAAAAACAACAACAACAAACAAACUCUUCACGACUAUCAUGAUGAAGCCUCAAAUCCUUUCCAAGAAGUUGAUAAAACCAUCAACUCCAACUGCACGUCAUCAUCUCAAGCUAUCUUUCAUGGAUCAGCUUAUUCCUCCCACAUACCUCAACAUGAUAUUCUACUACUCUUCAUGCACCAAAGUAGACGACAAUGAAAGAUGUGCACAAUUGGAACAAUCAUUAGCUCAAACCCUGACCAAAUUUUACCCGCUUGCCGGGAGAUUAGUAAAGGGUGAUCUUUUGAUUUACUGCAACGACGAAGGGGUUCACUUUAUUAGAACUCGUGUAAACGGACAGCUGGAUGAUUUUCUUCACGGUGGGCCCAAUGCCGAUCUUCUCAAUCAGUUUUUACCAUUGGACAUUGGCGGUCCGCUGGUGGAGAUUCAGGUCAACACGUUUGACUGCGGCGGGCUAGUGGUCGGAGUGAGUGUUUCACACAAAGUUGCUGAUGCAUUUUCAAUCAUCACGUUUGUUAAUGGGUGGGCUGCUGCGAAUAAAGCCGGGAUCGAAGAUGUGAUCAGCCCGAGUUUCGAGUUGGGCUCUCUUUUCCCGGCAAGCGAUCUGUUGCCUCCGAAUCCUCCUUCCACCACUGCGAAAGCCCAAGCCAAGAUUGUCAUGAAAAGGUUCUUUUUCGGUGGGGUGGCAAUACAGGCCUUGAUAGAGAAAGCCCGGCCCGCUUGUAUCUCUGCCCUGAGACCGCCUACCCGGGUGGCGGUUGUGGCAGCACUCAUAUGGAAGUCUCUCAUCGGGGUGGCACAAGCGAAACACGGACACUUAAGGGACUCUUUGCUCGUCCAUCCAAUGAAUUUGAGAGGUAACACUGCGAUUUCCACGCCAGAUAAUUGUUUUGGGAACCUUUCGAUGCUUUUUAGCGAGCGAUUCGUGGCCGAUGAGAAGAAGAUGGAGUUGGGUGACUUAGUGAGUCUGUUGGGCAAUGCAAGGAGGGAUGUUGAUCCUGCAAAAAUGAAUAGUGUGGAUGAUCUUUGUGCGAUGGUGAGUAGGUCUUUCGGAGAACCAAGAAGAGAGAAACAUCAUAACCAGAGUGUGGAUGUUCACUUGUGUGCUAGUUGGUGUGGGCUGCCUUUGUAUGAGGCUGAUUUUGGGUGGGGAAAGCCUGUUUGGGUGAGUAGUACAUGCAAUUAUGAAGUGGUUUGUCUGAUAGAAAAUAAGUGUGGUGGUGGAAUUGAUGCCUGGGUGAGCUUGGCUGAGAAGGACAUGGUUGAAUUUGAACGCAAUCAAGACAUACUGGCCUUCACUUCUCGGUAAAAGCAAUAUCGUUACUGAUAUGACAUUUAUCAUAUUGUUAAGGCGAGAACUGUUUCAUAUUUCAAAGUUUUACUAUUUUGCACUUGACCCAUGCGACAAUGACACUUUAGUUGAUCGCAUUCCUCUCAGCUGCUAGCUCUCAAAGAGCAAAUAGUUUGUAAGAUUUGUUGGAUUGCUUAAGGGCUAUGCAUUUGCAAUUUGUUUUUCUUUUGCUUUUGCUAUCAAAGUUCUUGAAUUUGAAAAUAUAUAUGAUAGUGAAGUCUUUGUAAUUUCAAUCU